AAUUUAUUUAAACAUUUCUACCCUUUGCUUUUGCUUAAAAUCGUUCGUUUGUUGUAGUUAUUUACGUCUUUGUUCAUUUGACAAAACCAAGUAAGUUUCUCGCCAGCAUUUGGCAACACUGAUUGCACAGCAACAACAAACCGAGUGUAAACAAACCGAUUUAAAGUCGCGAAAUUCACCUGCUUUUUAUCAUCCCCGGAAGCCAGGCCACCCCAACCCCCCAGCAGCAGAAUGUCCGGCAAGGACGAUCGAUCCAAGGAAAAGCGGAGGAAUAUGAAGCAGUACAAUCAUCACCACAAAAAGGACCAGCCCAAGGGAAGGUCCACAACCACAUCGUCGGGAUCACCACCGCCGAACUCACGGCGCAGCAUGGUCGAUGUGGCGGAUUCCAGCGACGAGCCAAGAUUCCCACCGCGCGGCAAUUGGCAAUCUGGCGGCACUGGACGUAGCGUCCUUGCACCGCAACGAAACCGUGAGCUGCUGAAUACACUGCCCAGUGACACGGACGACGUUGAUCAGCAGCUGGGCCUAGACGGUACACCCAUUGAUGAGAAUGCCCGUGCCCAAUUGCGGGCGGGCGACUUCCAGCAACUGGCGCAAUUCCCCAAUCUGGGCGGCGGCCACUUCACCUUCGGGUCUGAGCGCGAGUGGAACAGCGUGGCCGAGGGCCAGACCAAGCUGAACACCAAGGCCGCAAGCGGUUACUUCACCCUGAACCUGAGCCUACUAAACGCAGGCCUCCAAACAAUUCCAUUUUACAAGCGCAUGGACUAUUCAGCGAGUAUGUUCACACGCCAGCAGAUUAUCGCCCAGGACGAGGCUGCUGAGCGAGCAGAUGCCGUUUACCAAAAGCGCAUUCUUCAGGAUGCCAAUGGUGGUGGCACAAAGUCGCGGGCUCCCUCAGCCAAGUCAACCAAAGAGGCAGCACCUACCCCUACACCUACAAUCACUGCUACUACUGCUGCUGCUGCUGCUCCCGGGGAGCCCGAUGAGCUCGAUGAACUGCUGGCCAUGACUAAUACGCAAAUGGAUCUAAAUUCCGGAGGCAUUGGACCCAUAACCAUGCCUAUGCCCAUGCCCAUGGUGCAGCCGGCUACGCCCUCAUCGGCUGCCAGUAAAAACGAGGUGGAGCAGUGGCUAGACUCGGUCUUGGAUGAGUGAACUUGGAUUGAUCUGGAGAUUUGAACUUGUUACGCUUACAACGCACACGAGCUAAUUGAAAUCACCAAGUGCGCUUAGCUUUUAAAUCCCGAAACUUGGUUCCUUGAACAUUAUUAAAUAUAGCCCCAAAUUGUACAAUUUUA